AUCAUUAACUUCUUUGUAAGACAACAAAACAUCUGUAUAGUACUUCUCUUCUGGACAUAUUGGUAUUUGAAGUUCAUUCAUAGGUGAACGUUUGUGGUCAUACAAACUAAUUGAAUACAAGGACUCCUUUAUUGUUUACUUGCUAAUCUCAUAAACCUUUGAUCACAAGACUUUUAUUUCUCUGUAGUUCAAGUUGUCAAACCACAAGAAAGGAAAGAUGCAAUUUGUUGAAGAGUAAACAUGCGACUGCACGAAAAAUGCCUUUACCCAAAGUUUACAUGGCGAUUUUUGGUUUGAAAAAGUUUAAUUUAAUUUAUUUCAAUGACCUCUUUUAAUGGUAACACUGCACUGUGAUCUCCACCUUCUCACACUUGCCAACAUUAUAAUGCUCGCAAUGGCGAGGUGAGCACAGGAUUCGUGUGUGGACGGAGAGAGAGAGAGGUGUAUGUUCAGGACACUUCAUCCCUUAACUGUCGGCAUGUCAGAACCUCACCUGAGAGACAGUGCUGCCCCUGGCCAAGGACUGAGGGAAUGUCACAUCCGGGAGUUUACACUCCCUCCCCUCAUCCGAGGAACCAGAGGACAACUGAUGGAAAAGCCUGGCCUAACACUACAGCAGGGUACUCAGGACAAUUCGAUCUGGGGAGAGAAGGCGGGAAAUGGAAUUCAGCAUCAUACCCAAUAUAUCCGGCGCCUUGCGGACUUGCGGGAUGAGCUGCUGAGCCAGGAACAGACGGCCCUCGCCAGAGCUCUCGACAGGCUGCGAUUGGACUCCAUCAGCAACAGAGAUGCUGCGAGAUAUCGCCUGAAGAUGAAAGAUAAUUCGCAGGCAGCAAGUGGCAGUGAUGGCGAUGGGAAGACAAUUGCUGCUGGCGCCGCCAGUCGGUCUAUGAUGACAACAGUAGAAAAAUUUCGUCAGAUGCGCCCCCAACGGCACGCUCCGGCGAUCUUACCCCUACAAGGGAAGCAACUCAUCGAAACGUCUGUGGCCAGCACAGCAUCUGGCGGGAAGCAAACUGGAAACGAGAACGCAUCAAAAAUGGAGUCAUCGUUACGGGUGGAGGAGAGCGUGAGAUCCAGCCUACAGCGUCUGAUCCAGCCCACGUCCUCAAUCCCCAACAUCGGACGCAAAGCUCUCCGGCAGGAAUCCUUGGAACUGAAGACCCAGUCUCUGCACCACAUGCGCUCGAGGGUGUACCGAUCCACCCGCAACUUCCGGUCCCCCUUCAUAACUCAAGGAGAUGGAGAGAACGUCAUGCCCUCCACACACCCACCGAGCGAGGUCAACGUCGACCUCUCGCCCCACGUCUACAAACUGGGUCCCAUGACGGAGGGGGACCGCAUCAACAUGGAGAAGCUGAAGCAGUAUUAUUACAUCUGCUGCUUGCCCUCCACUCCCUCCUCCCCAGACACGGACCGCCAAAGCGAGGCCAUGUCCACCCCUCGUCGAGGGGGGAUCAGAAAGCUUCGGGUAGGUUCGAAACGAAAUCCGGCUGCAAAACCGGCGCGGGGGUUGGCCAGAGCGGCGGCUGCGGGUGAUUCUUUAGAAACAGAAGUGUGGCAGCCCCGUCAGAGGCGUUCUGGGGAAGGGGCUAGCUCGGAUAGGGUGACGUUGCCAGAUAUCACUCGUCACAGGGAGUCGCCUGUCACGAAUAACACGCACGGUUACCCCAACGACUACACGGGUGACUCCCCUGGCACGCUGCUAGAAGGAGAACGGAAGCGACGUCAGAUAGUGAUAGACAUGCCGAACAUCAUCUUCAAUGCUGCGACUCCGGAGACGGCCGUGGAGUCCAAAGCUGACCGCGCGCCUCUGCAGAAUGCUGGCUCCCUCCGCAAGACACUUCUACAGAAUGAGAUUCGCCACAGGGAGGUGCACAACCUUCUGGAGGACGUCAAGGAUCUCAACAAGCGGACAGAGACCUUGACCUCUCAGUGCACAUCAGAAACAUGCUAAGUGAACAGCUUCCGUGUGAGUGGAAGAAGACAAUAAGUUCAAGUGAGGUGUGGGUAUAUGUGUGUGUGUGUGAGAGAGAGAGAUUUCGCUAUGGAAGGACAGAAAGGUAAGUUCUAUGGUUUUGAAGGAAAAAUAGGUUUCCAGGGAAUGUGAACUGGUAGUUCACUCCAGGUUAGAAAAAAGAACAAAAAACAGAAAAGGAACGAGGACUAAUUUAAAAGCCAUUGGGAAACUUUUAACACACACUAAUAACACACACUUAUAACUAAGAAUGCCGACCUUACAUUGAAUGGGUUUAGAAAAUGGGAGGCAGUGGAGUGCAUUCAAAUUCUCUGCUGUUUUGGUAUACAACAGUGAGCUAAUGAAGUUAAUAACUACAUAGGUGUGAACUAAUGACUUUGACACAUUAACAGUAAAAAAAAAUAAAUUAAACGCGCACGCACGCACACACACAUACACCACCCCCUUGUACUUUUACUUGGUGCUAGUGUGCUAGAUUUUAAUGACUUGCUCAAAUAUUUUAAUUUCAUGAUCCCUAUAAAAGCAAAUAAUUAUAUCCUCGUAAACGUGUGUCACGGACCUCUCCACAUUAUAGUUUGUUCUUGUUUUAUCUUGAUUACUCUGUGAUUUUAUCAAAUAUUACUAAUCCCUUUAUAUUUUGCGCACUAAAUUAUCUAUGCGAUCUGAAUAAUGAAAUUCUUUUAAUGAAACUCUGAGGUUCUUAGUGUAUUUAUGAAACUUGCCACGUAUCUUAAUGAAUAACCCUUUUGUGUGCGCCCCCGGUGACAAGCAGCCGCCGUUUCCAUUUGAGAACCGAUCAACGAUGAGUAUUGCAGCCCACUGAGAGAUAACUCCGUGCAACAACCCUCGUGUGUUGUAACCAAAAGGGAAAUUAUCUCCCUUUCAACACUCAAAAGCUUUCCUGCCGACAGAAAUGUUACUAAGAUACAAUAUCUGAUUGUUAUUCAUACUUAAGAAGGUUAAUCUUGUCCCCAUGUAUGGAAUACAGAUUGUAUUUUUAUAUUUAUUACAUAUACGUAUCUAAUGUUCGAACCAUUUAUUAAGUGAUAUAGGAAAAUCAUUAAAUGUCAGAUUCGAGCACAUACUACGCUAUUUAAGAAAUGUUUAAUGUUAAAUAUAAUUAGCUUAAUAAUAAUGAUAUAUAUAUAUUCCCACACAGUAUUUUCCGGGCUGCGUCAUUUCCUUUCCUUCUUGGAGCUGUUCAUGUAUCUUCGCUGAUCAGAUAAUUAUUUGAUUUUGUAAGUUAUCUAUUAUUCCAAUUUGAAUAUUAGAAUGGGGACAUAGAAAAUAUGCUUUCACAUGCGACAGUCAUUGGGUAUGGUUAUGUUGGAAAUUUUUUUCUUUGACCCUCCUUUUUUUCACUGUGUUCGUUUCUAAGCCCUAAUUAACAUAAUAUUGAAAUGACUCUGGUAACAUCAUUUUGUAGAGCUUCAAUAUUGGAGACUAGAAACUAAUUGCUGAUUGUUUCGACACCAAUGAUUUAUCCUGUUGCAGCAUAGCUUAGUAUUUGUUUAAUAGAAAGACGACACCACCAACAGCAAUAAAUAAAAAGAUAAAAUAAACAAGUGUUACCAUUGUGUGCACAAAAUCUAGGGUUCACAUGAGUGUUCAUAUAUUGCCAGUGUGCAUGUGAUCAUAAAGGCCUUGCGUGCACAAUUACUAACAGAAAAG